CGCCGCCGCAGCCGGGUCCAUGCCCGCUGGAGCCCCCGCCUGCCGCCGCCCGCAGCCCCGGCAUGGACGUUCGGUUUUACCCCUCCGCCCCCACCGCCGUGGGCUCUCUGCCCGGCGCUGACCCCCCCUGCUUGGGGCCGCUGGAUUAUUAUCACUGCAACAAGUUUGAUGGGGAGAACAUGUACAUGGGAAUGAACGACAAUACCCAGGAGUUUCUGUCUGCAAAUCAGACGUAUAAUAGUCAGAAUGAGAAUAAUGAAGACUAUGAAAUCCCACCCAUCACACCUCCCAACCUCCCUGACCCUUCACUCCUGCACUUGGUGGACCACGAAGCUGGAUAUCACUCCCUGUGCCACAGCCUGCCUCCAAACAGCCUGAUACCCGCCUACCCCUACCAGAACAUGGACCUGCCAGCCAUCAUGGUCUCCAACAUGUUGAGUCAGGACGGGCAUCUCCUCUCCAGCCAGCUACCCACGAUCCAGGAGAUGGUCCACUCGGACGCCGCGUCCUACGAGUCCAACCGACAAGUGCCGCUGCUGAACCGCCCCGCCAUGCUGGCUGGCCCCAUGGGUGCCCUCAGCCAAUCACAGCUCAUUUCACAGAUGGGGAUGCGCGGUGGUGUCACCCAUGGCUCCCCAUCACCCCCAGGGAGCAAGUCUGCUACACCAUCUCCCUCCAGCUCUACUCAGGAAGAGGAGACAGAGUCACACUAUAAGGUCACUGGAGAGAAAAGACCAUCAACAGACCUGGGCAAAAAGCCCAAAAGCCAAAAGAAGAAGAAAAAGAAGGAUCCCAAUGAGCCUCAGAAGCCCGUGUCAGCAUAUGCCCUGUUUUUCAGAGACACACAAGCUGCUAUCAAAGGGCAAAAUCCCAAUGCUACCUUUGGAGACGUAUCAAAAAUUGUUGCAUCUAUGUGGGACGGCUUGGGAGAAGAACAAAAACAAGCAUACAAGAGGAAAACAGAAGCUGCCAAGAAGGAGUAUCUGAAAGCCCUGGCUGCAUACCGGGCCAGCCUGGUCUCCAAGUCUGUUUUCCCACAGAGCUCUGCUGACCAGGGGGAGACGAAAAGUGCCCAAACCAACCCACCUUCCAAGAUGAUCCCACCCAAGCAGACCAUGUACCCUAUGCCACCGCAGGCUUCGUCGCCCUACCCUGGCCUGGGCUCCUUCCUGUCCCCAUCGGACCUGCAGAGCUACCGCGGCCACCCCAGCCUCCCCAGGACCCUGCCCUCCAAGCCCAUGCUGCCCAGCAUCAGUGCCUCCCCACCACCCGCCUUCCAGAUCAGCCCUCCCCUGCACCAGCAGCUCUCCUUGCAUCACCCGCAGAGCUCUCUCCUCAGCCAGCCCAUCAGCAUGCAGCAGGUCCCCCAGCAGCCCCUCCUGUCCCCCCCCAUGGCACUACAGGUACAGCCUCCCAUGAACUCCUCGCCUCCCGGGCAGCAGGACUUCUCACACAUCUCCUCUGAGUUUCCAAACAGCGUUGGACCCCGUUCGCCUGGUGCAUCAAACCCUGCAGGAAGCACUGAGUGGGACAAUGACUACCCCAGCAGAGAGUGUGGCAUUAACCACUGCAGCAUGCUGCCGAGGGACAAGGCACUCUACCUCACCUAAGGCUGUCCAUCUGUCCCAGGAGGCUCAGAUGAAGGACACGUGGCAGGGUCUAUCUUACAGACAGCGUGGCGAGGCUCCGAGCAAGUCGUACUGCCAAGAGAGCAACCUCUGCACCUCGCCGCUGGCUUCGUCCCCAGGCUCUAAGAGCAGUUUUCUCUGAUUGCUUUUGAACUCUAAAGUCUACUUUCCGUGGAAGACCAGAACCUCGUUAAUCACAAAGAACAACAAAAAAAAAAAAAAAAAGAAAAUAGUAUAAAAAAUAAAUAAACACAAAACCAACAAAAAAAAUAAUAAUGAAAUAAGGACACAAUUUUUCUGCUUGCCAUCAGCUUAGCUACAGACUACUUUCCUAGUGAACUGCUUUUAGAUGCAGCAUAAGCCCAGGUCUGGUGUCCUCAAGCAUUAGGCCAGCUCAGUAGGAGGAUGCACUCUUUUGACUUGCUAACAGCACUAAACUUUGUGCAAGAAAAAUGUGAAGUUUGUGUGAAUAUUGUACAUGCAAAGGCCUUGGAUGUCUGGCAAAAAAAAAUACAAAAAGUAAAUAAAAACUAUUCUUAGGUAGGUGGGGUGAGAGGAGAAGGCAAAACAUGGGAGGGAAAAUGUGAAACAGAUCAUGAAAAUAUAAUUUGUUGGAUAGUUGUAAGUAGUUUACUAAGUGUUUUAGAGCUGUGCUAAAGACAUCUUUAAGAUUUUUUUGUGAAAAAAAUUAGUAGUUUACUUUAUAGUAAAAGCAUUUUAUAUUAAUUGUAGCACAUUUUUUAGUUAUACAUAGAAGGGAGAUGUGUAUAAAAAAAAAACCAACAAAAAAAAGCCUGCCAAACUUGUUUCUAUUAUUUGUACAGCAAGAAAUGGACAAUUUAUAUCCAUGUUGUAUGGCAUUAUUAUAUUUUUCCUGCCAUAUGUCCAUCUAUUUAAAAAAUUGCUGACAAUGAUUUUUGUCUAUUUAUGAAGAAUUAGAGAGCAUAAUUACGGUUUCUCAUAAGGUGCAUUUUUCUUUUAUUUUUAUUUUACUUUUUUAUGUUGUUUGAUGGUGCUGUGUUCGCAGCACCUGGCACAUUCACGAUGCUUAUCUUACCUUUCUUUAUAAUAAAAGAUAAGAAAAAUAGACCUGAACCAGUG